AAAACUUAUCGUCAACCCCACUCAUUCUCACCCUCUUCUUUUCUUCACUCACCAAUCACAUGCCAUCCAAUUUUCUAGACACAACAGGAAUAAUGGUGAGGGGAAGGUUCGUCAGAAAACUAAAACUCCUCCUAACCAUUACCAACUUGAAGAAACAAGGCUUUGUUCUUCAAAAAAGGUUUCCAACCCCAUAUCAUGACUACAAAGAAAACAACCUGUCUGAGCUAGUGCUUGAGGAUGGUAAUCAUUUUGAGGAGGAAGAAGCCACCGUAGGGUCCAAAGAAAUCACUAAACUUUCGGAAGAAAAGUUAUCAGACAAGAUGGCAUCAUGCAACAACCAAUACCCAUCUCUCAGUGAUUUCAAAGAGUUAUGUCCACCAGGAGGGAACCACUCGAUCGUUCUCUACACAACAAGCUUGAGAGGGAUAAGGAAAACGUUUCGUGACUGUAACACCAUCCGUUUCUUGUUGAGGAGCUUCAAAAUAGUGUACCAUGAGAGGGAUGUGUCUCUGCACUUGGAGUUCAGAGAGGAGCUGUGGAAAAUCUUGGGAGGGAAAGUUAUUCCUCCAAAGCUUUUCAUCAAUGGAAGGUACAUUGGAGGAGCUGAUGAAGUGGUUGGGUUGCAUGAGACGGGGUGGCUCGGGAAGUUUCUAGAAGGAACACCAACUCACUCUAGUGAUUCUCCUUGUACUGGCUGUGCCAACAUUGGAUUCGCCAUUUGUUCCAACUGUUGUGGAAGUUGCAAAGUGUUCAGUGCCAACAGGGACAACAAUGAUGAAUGCUUCGUUAGAUGUCCUGAUUGCAACGAGAAUGGCCUUGUCAAAUGCCCCGUUUGCUGCUAGAGAUUUAUAUACAACCCUUGAAAUGGACAUUGUAUGAAACUCGUACCAUCGAAUGUAGAAACUGCAAUACAAGCUCAUGUUGUGUAGCGUGACAGGUAAACAUGUCACUCGGUUAUUAAUAGGUUGUACAGUGAUUUUGAAUGAAAAAUUUGAGUAUCGUGUUUUCAUAACAA